CGGUAUCGACGGACUCUACCUAGUACCAACAUACAUACAUACAACAAACAACAACGCAACAGUGUGGAAAGGAAAAGCAGAUCGGUCUCUCCCAAACUCUCAACAACUCAACUCUCUCUUCCUUCCUCUUCCGCUUCUUCGAUUGAUACCAUCAAAAGAGUUUGUUAGAAAUGGCUGAAACAAAAUCAUCCAUGAGGAAACCAGUGUUCACUAAGGUUGAUCAGCUGCGCCCUGGCACCAGUGGACACAAUCUCAUUGUGAAGGUUGUUAGUUCGAAUAUGGUAUUGCAGAAGGGCCGCCCAGAUGGUCCCCAAGUACGUCAAAUGCGGAUUGCUGAGUGCUUGGUUGGAGAUGAAACUGGGACAAUCGUGUUUACUGCAAGGAAUGACCAAGUGGACAUGAUGAAACCUGAUGCUACCAUAAUUCUACGUAAUGCAAAGAUUGACAUGUUUAAGGGGUCAAUGAGGCUUGCGGUGGACAAGUGGGGUCGUGUGGAAGUAACUGAACCAGCCAGCUUCAUCGUUAAAGCGGAUAAUAACCUGUCAUUGGUUGAAUAUGAACUGGUCAAUGUGGUGGAAGAGUGACUCGUGCAAAUGUAGUAUCUGCUACUACUCGGGGGCCAAAACAACUGAAUCAGGCUAAGAUGUGGAUUUUGUGGUUUAUGAGAUUGGCAAAGUGAUAUUUAAGUUGUUUACCAGGUAAUCGUGUUUCCAAGAUGCGUGGAAAGUUCUUUGUUUAGGAAGAAAAAUCAUCAAAGUUAUGUCUACAAGAAAGUCAGAUUGUCCCUUGGUGGCUGUCAAGGCACAGCUGGUGAAGCAAAUUAGAAUCCUAGCCCUGCUGGUAACCACAGUCGGAUGAGAUAAAGGGAACUUGCUUUGGUUGUUUAUUUAUGUUUUUAUGACAUGGAUUGCUCAUAUUGUGCAAACACAGUUCCUGAAGUGUUAUUGUUUUUAUGUUUCUCUUAAUGAAAGGGUGUGUCUUUGUUUUGUGAUUAUGCGGUUAUUUUGUUGGAUGUUUGGCAACCGCAUUUAGUAUGUAUAUGUGCGUGAUUCGAUGCAUGAUCAGUGAAAUUUCACUUGGUUUGA